UGACCCCUGAUUAUCCUGACAGUUUGAGGGACGUCCCGCUGUUAGGGGGAGAGCUUAAUUCAACGUGGCAGAUGUUAACAGAGCAGCUGAGGACAGAGACACGACACAACUUGCCGGUCUCGAACCGCCGAAAGUCUUCGAUUACGGCGAGGCAAUGAACCACAGACGCGGGGCACAACAGCACAGCCAUCACGGCACAAGAAAGCGGGCACAGGGCACGACAUGAGCGGUGAUAUCACGGUUGUGCAAGACAAACAAGUGUUGGAGUCUCCAGCUGGCCUAGAACGGGCGGCCAACCACCGACUGAUAUGCCCGUUUUUGAACUCCUGAAACAUGAAGCCAAGACAUAGAUUGGGUAUUGAUGAAGCUUUGUGCCGCCCAUUCGCUGAAGGCUUCUUUUUUGGGCCUCUCUUUUUUUUUUUUGAGGAAGGGGGGUUUUCUCCAGAAAAAAAGUACCAACACCAAGCCGGCUUGGCCAUGUUCCCCAAGACUCGGAGUUCUUGGUUGCAUUCGUACCUGCCUGCCGUGUAAUUAAGACUCCGUAACUACCACCACCAAGCACGAGAGACGAACGGGACGAGAGAGAGACCCGACGCAACUAAGUAGCGGGCCGUCCCCCGUUGUGGUUUCAACUUUUUGUUGCCCCUGAAUUAUUCCUCAGCCACUUUUAUUUCACAAUCAGAUUGUCCGCUUCUUUUUGGAUUUCUACAUUUCUUUCAUCUUAUCUGUGCUACUACUGUCACUUGGAUACAACUGGUCAGAUCUAGGCUAGACCCAGAUCACAACGUUGAUCGCCCCGAAAUCUGGGGUAAAGCUUCUCUUCUAGAAGGUCACCAAGACCCAGCCCAGCAGGUCAACCAUGUCGGCACCUUCCCCACCACCACGGGGACCACCAGGAAGCGACACCCCCGAGCUGGCACCUGCACAAGUCACCUCGCUGCUGCUAGAGCAGUAUCUCUCCGCCUCCUCCCAACCAGGGCAACAACACCCACCUCAUCAACCACCUCCCCCUCAAGAGAUCACCAACCCCAACAACGACAUGAAACCCUCCCCCUCCCACACCAUCACCCAGGAAAAACCAACCCUUUCCACCUCGACCUCAAGACAACCCUCCUCCCACACUGCAACCGCCCAAGGCGAGGUCCUCCCAGACAAUGGCGCCCUCCCCCUCCACAACAACAACAACAACAACCUAGGUCUCAAACUCUCCCGCACCCGCACCGCCGCCCAGGCAGUAAAACGCUCCCUCCAAAUCCGUCACACGGGCGAGUCCCACCGCUCAGGAAUUCACCCUUUUCACUUCCUCCGCAUAGUCUACCAGUCCUCCUCCCGGGCCUCCCGCAUGGUCAACUUCCUCUGGCCCGUCGUCCCCGUCGCCAUCGCAGUCCGCUAUGCCCUCACCCCCUCCCCAACAGCAAACCUAGUCAUCUUCAUCCUCGCUUACCUAGCCAUGGUCCCCUGCGCGAACCUCAUCGGUUUUGCCGGGCAGGAACUGUCACGGAAGUUCGCCCAUGUCUGGGGGGUGUUAGUGGAGACGACGCUCGGGAGCUUGGUGGAGAUUAUCAUGUUUAUCGUCUUAAUCACGAGGGAGCAGAAGGAGGGGGGGAUCGAUUACGUGCAGGUGAUCAAGGCGGCGAUAUUGGGGAGUGUGCUGGCGACGAUGUUGUUGUGUUUGGGGUUGUGUUUUUUUGCCGGGGGGUUGAGGAGGGAGGAGACGGGGUUUAGUGAGGCUGUUAGUGAGGCUGGGUCUGGGUUAUUGCUUACUGCUGGUUUUGGCCUGGCCAUCCCGACGGUUUUUCAUCACAGUCUGAUCAACAGCGGGAAACUCCCCGAAGAGGAGCUCAUCAGCAAAACGAUCGAAAUCUCGCGAUCGAUGGCUGUCUUGCUGUUGAUUGCCUACUUGAUCUAUGUCUUUUUCCAAGCCCACACCCACCACGGCAUCUACGAUGCCAUCUUUGUUGCCGACGAGGCGAGGGAUGAGGAUAGACACAACCCAAAGUACUCGCACCACUCCAACCGACUUACCUUGACAGAGUGCUGUCUCGCCCUGGCGGUAUCCAUCGCGCUCGUGACCGUUAUUGCCAUCACGCUGGUGGAUCAGAUACACAAUCUUGUCACUGAGCGGCACGUUUCAGACGCGUUUGUCGGGUUGAUUCUUGUGCCGCUUGUGGAAAAGGCGGCGGAGCACCUGACGGCGGUGGACGAGGCGUACGACAACCAGAUGAACUUUGCGCUUUCGCAUGUGCUAGGAGCGACGCUGCAGACGGUCAUGUUUAAUGCGCCGCUGGUGGUGAUUGUGGGGUGGGGGUUGGGGAAGCCGAUGGGGUUGAACUUUGAGGUUUUUGACCUUGCGGUGCUGUUGUUGGCGAUCUUGACGGUGGGGAACUUUUUGAGGGAUCAAAAGAGUAAUUAUUUGGAGGGGGCGUUGUGUGUGAUUGUUUAUGUUGGGAUUGCUGUUGCGGCGUUGUAUUAUCCUAAUCCUCAUCAUGGGUCGAGUGAGGGGGUUGGCCAUCAUUAG